UGGCGGAAAGACAAAGAUUUUGUAUCAUUUUGAAGAUAGAAAAUUAAAACCUGUAAGACCAAGAAAAACUAGGCUUAGUGUAAGUGUAUUAAAUACCAUAUUGUAUAAUCAUCAGAAAACAAAGAUGAGUAGAGAAGAUAAACGCGAAACUCUUCGUGAUCAUUUGAAGAGUGGAUACAAAAAAAUUAACUUGCUCAAUGCUAAAACGAGAAAAGUGAAGGCAGCACAAGGUUUUGUGAUGAUGAAGAGAGAUAAGAUAAUAAGAGAAAUGGAAGAAACACUGGGUAAUCUUUAUAAAGGAAUUGAACAAAUGAAAACAAAAUUUGAAAAAGAUUUGAGUUAUGUUGUUGAAGAGAAAAUAGCAGAACUGGAUUCCGAAUUUGAAGAAAUUCAAGAAGAUAUCUGCAUGUUGAUGGAAAUAUGUGUAGAAUCUGAGAAAACUUUGAAGAUGGGAAAUGAGGAUUUGUUACAUAAACAUAGUAGUGCUUUGGUCAGUUCAUUUAACAUGUUGUUUGAGUCUGAUGAAUGUUCGGUUGUUGAUUAUGAUCAAAUGAUUGUCAUGGAUUUUAGAGCUAAUAAACUAACAGAACUGUUAUCCAAGAAAGGCUUAGGUUAUAUAGUUACUAGUGAGGGUGAACAGUAUCCCCCAACUUCUGACAAUUUGGUCGAUGUGUCUACCCAGGUGAAUGGUGUCGUCAAACACACUGAUGCGACUACACAAACUUUUACUAUGAACUUUAAUCAGAAUAUCAUGCGUCCCCCAUUAAUACAAAACCCGUAUACAUAUAUUAAUCCUAACAGUAUGUACAUGGCAAGACAGAAUUAUACGCCUUAUAUUCCUGCUGGCAGUAAUUACUAUACAGGCCAAUCCUUGAUAUCCUCUAUGAAUCAUCCAUUAAAUAUGAACAGUAAUAAUCUUGGCAGAAAUCGUUUGAUGAAGCCAGCAUUUCCUCUUCCUAUGUAUUGCCCCCCUGUACCUGUUCAAACUGAAAAACAACAACAGACAGAAGUUGAGGUUAAUCCUGUGUUACUGAAGCCAACAUUUCCUCUUCCUGAUCAAACUGCAAAAACACAACAGACAGAAGUUGAAACAAAUAAUAUACCUGUGACAAGAGAUUAUAUGGCUGAUAUACAAAAGCUUUCAUCAGGAGACAGAUACAGACCUUUGUUUUCCACUGAUUUGUCAAAUGGAAAUUUUACUUCACCAAACAAGCAGACAGUGGCACUCUCGCCUACAGCUGAUAGUCAGAGAGAAAGAUGUCCAUCUACAUCUAGUACCACAAGCAAUCAUAGUACAACAACAGAUGUUGUCAAACCAAAAGCAACCAAAGAGGAAAAAGCGCUAAGCCAGUAUGAGGAAUCAAGAUCUAAAAGACCUCCACGAUUACCAGGAGCAAAAACAGUUGAUAGAUUGAUGAAUUCUGGUGUGGUUACAGGUAAAGUAAAGUUGCUACCAUCUUCAUCUCCUCUCUUACAGGACGAUAAAAAGUGUAUCAAAUCUAGAGCAUUUAGUGUUAGAUUUUCUCCAACUUCUAUUAGUUGCAGCAUGCCAGAAGCUGGUGAAAAUCCAGCCAGAUCUUCAUCAACCGAUUCCUUAAGCCAAAAUAUUCAGGAACUAAAAGAUCUUCAAAGUUCUUGUCCAAAGCCAAUCUCUACAUCAACUCCAUUUUCAUGCAGUAAAAACAAUUCUAUUGUACCCAAACAUACCAGUUACGAUUCUGCCAACUGUGAUUCCAAACCAGUGGUAUUAAAUCUUGCUGAUGCGAGUAAGACAAUUACUUUCAGUGGUGAACAUGAUGCAAAUCAAAACUUUGUGAAAUCAAUUAAAUCUGAAGUUGUUUCACCAACAUGUUUUAAUGAUAAACAUAGUCAAAUUAGUGAUGUUAACUUGCCUAAUAAAGAUGCCAAUGAGUCCUGGGAUGAAGAACUAGUCAUUAUUAAGGAAGAAAUGGUUUCUGUUGAGCUUGAACACAUAUCUAAAAAUCCAAAUACCGUAAAUUGUUCAAGCAAUUCUGAUCAACUUAAGGAGAAAUCUCGAACUGUAUCUGGUAACGAUAGUGGUAUAUCUCAAGAUAUACAUUGUACUGGUACAUCUAAUCCUGUAGAGGCCUGGGAUCAAGAAAUAGAGAUGGGAAAAAGCAACACUGGGAAUUUUAACAAGGCAUUUAAUCCGGAAGAUAUUGCACCUAGUAAACCCAAAGAAAUUAAGGGUUUUGGUUCGAGCAGAUCACAGAUAAAUGUAAAAUCGGACACGGGACCGUCUAAAAGUAUAAACCUGACUCAGUUUAAAUCUUUAUUUGAAAAACAUAUAGAAUCUAAUGACAGUGUACCAAAAUCUGGUCACAGUGUUGGCAAUGGAGCAUCAUAUCAUGUGGAUUGCAAUGAUAAGGCUAAAAGUGAGACUUCAUUGUGGAAACCAAGAGAAAAAAAGAAAACACAACCUCAACCUUCAACAAAUUUCUGUGUUUAUACUCAACAUAAGAACUCAAAAGAAAUAACUGCUAGCCUGCUUUAUAAGAUGGGUAAACCAGGGCAUGGUGCUUCUUUUACCGAUAUAUUAAAUUUUCCUAUUGGUCUUACUGUGAACAGUAAAAAGGAUAUUAUAGUGAAUGAUACAUCCAAUCAUGUUGUGAAGAUAUUUAGACAAGAUUCACUCAUCUCUGUAAUGGGGUUAGGGGAUGUACAGAUGCAGAGACCAUCAGCAGUAGUUGUUAAUAAAACUGAUGAUGUUUUUGUGAAAGAUAACUGUGCCAUUCAUGUAUUUGAUUCUAAUGGCAAAUUUAAAUACACUUUUGGAAAAGAUAAAUUGAAGCAACCAUAUGGAUUAGUCAUGACAGAAGAUGAAACAUUAUUAGUGUUAGACAUACAGAGACCGUUGCCUUGUUUAUAUGAGUUUCAUCAAGAUGGUAAAAUGGUAGCGUGUUAUCCAUAUCAACCAUUAGCACAAUCACAACCUAUGUCUAAAUGUCGCUUUAUGGCAUAUUAUGCUGGUAAUCUUCUUGUCAGUGAUUUAGGAAGAAGUACAAUGUAUUUAACAAAUAGAAAGGGUGAACUGAUAACCCAGUUUAGUAGAUAUGGUAAAGCAGGAGGAGAAUUUAAUGAACCGUCUGGUGUAACAGUUGAUUCUGAUGGACAUUGGAUUGUUGCAGACAGUAAAAAUCAUCGCCUUCAGGUGUUCAAGUCAAAUGGUGAUUUUUUAAGUGUUAUAAAAUUUAAGGAACCAAUCAUUCGUCCUUCAGAUAUUCAUUUAACAGAAGAUGGUACAUUAAUAGUGGCAGACUUUCUUGCCCAUAUGGUUAAAGUGUUCACAUUGGAGAAGUCAUAAUUCAAGCCAUAAUUAUUAAGACUUAUGCAAUAAAGCAGUGCUACUUAGUAUUUAGUGCUAUAAAUUUCAUACGCCCACAUUCAGUAUGUAAGCAUGUAUUGUUAUCUGUGUCUUGGUUCAUCCACAUUCAGUUUGGACAUAUAUUGUUAUCACCUAUGUCUGUUGGUGCAUCCUCUGUGCACAAUUUUUUUUUGUUUGAACACACUACGUACAAAUUUGUGUUUAAAUUUAUUCGAUACAAUUUUUUCAAAUUUGGUGACAUUGUUCAAUAUGGAAAAAGCAAGAAUCCUAAUGACUCUACAAAUUUUGAAUUCUGGUGAAACCAUUGUAUUUUAAUAGGAUGGAUGUAAAAUAAAUGAAGUAUUGCAUCCAGCAACUUCAAAAUUAUGUUCACCAGUCUAUAAUAUAUGGUUAUAUGUAAAACUUCAUUUUAUUUUGUUUAUUUGAAAAGGCUUUAAAAGAAAUUGAAGCAGUUAUUUAUUUUUAUCAUUCUAUCAAAGAUGUCAUUACUCAUUAAUUAAAAUAAUUUCACCAUC